UUAGCCUUGUCCAUUUACAGUCGUUUUACCCUCACUCCUCCUGCCCAUCCCAUUAGCGACGAUGAAGGUGUACGGGCACGCCGUCUCGACGGCAUCGCAGCGAGUCUUCGCUUGCCUCUACGAGAAGGGUCUCGACUUUGAGCUCGUCCCCGUUAACUUGGUCACGGGCGAGCACAAAAAGGAAUCCUUCCUCUCGCUCAACCCCUUUGGUCAAGUCCCGGCCUUCGAAGAUGGAGAUCUGAAGCUCUUCGAAUCGAGGGCGAUUACCCAGUACAUAGCACUAAACUAUGCGGGGAAGGGGAACAAGCUGGUGUUCGACGACCCGAAGAAGGCGGCGACGAUGACUGUGUGGAAGGAGGUGGAGGCGCUGCACUUCGACACGGCGACGACGACGCUGGGCUGGGAGCUGAUCUUCAAGUCGCUCUUCGGCCUGGCCACCGAUCCCAAGGUGGUGGAGGAGAACGAGGCGAAGCUGGUGAAGGUUCUUGACGUGUACGAGGCUCGGCUGGGCCAGUCCAAGUACAUGGGCGGCGACGCCUUCAGCCUGGUGGAUCUGCACCACCUCCCCAACAUUCAGACGAUGAUGGGUACCGACUUGAAGAAGCACUUCGAGUCGAGGCCCAAGGUGAGCGCGUGGUGCGCCGAUAUCCUCUGCAGGCCGUCCUGGGUGAAGGUGCUGGAGAUGAAGAAGAAUCAAGCUUGAAGUUAGUAGGGGAUUUUGGCUCUGAUUAUCUAUCUAUCCCUCCCCGGUCUUUUGUCGAGUUUGUUGACGCGGGUACAGGGCGAGUCAGAACUGGAGGAGGAGGAGUUAGUUUGGCACACCACCCGAAUGAAUGAAUAAUAAAAUAAUAAAUAAUGAAUGAAUGCUUUUCUUUUUAA